AUGUUGACGGAACGUUUGCAAGCCAAUUGCCAAGCUCGGCAAACAGAUCAACAGCCACCUGAUCAACAACCAACACGGAAAGUAUUCCCACAGAAGAACCUGAGGAAGAGACGUGUGAUCAAAGAAGACCGCAAAUUCACGGGGGCAGAGGAGGGUGUGUUACGUGGGAUACGAAUACGUAAUGCAAAAGAUUUUUUGAAUGGGUGUAAAACGACCGAGGUCCACUUAAUCAAAUCAGUAAGCACGGCUGCUACAUAUGGUGCAAACGUAGACAUGAGUUCCACAACGAUUGACCCACCUCCACCUGGUGAACUAGCAGUAGCUGUCUACCGGUAUCAUCGCUUUGCAUCAUUUUUUUCCGUUGACAAAACGCCCUCUCCAGGCGUUGAUAACACCUCCUGUUUCGACCCCCCUUCGUUCGCCGCAGACGCAGAAACAGUUUCAGCUCGUAUCGAUCGUUCUGCAUCUCUCACCCCGUUCAAACCGCUCAUUGGUGGUUCCACUGCUUGCUGUUUUAUCUACAGUUCUGAAGUUAUUUUGAAUAUGGAACCGAUUCUCUCUCGAUACGAUAGAUCUGAUUGGGGAACUUGUUUGUGCCAUAAUGAUCGCAUCAAACUUUGA